CUCCCCGGAUCUCUAAUAACCGAAGCGGUGAGACCGGCCGCACUCGAGCCCUUGCCAGAAGUAUAAACCCCUAUCGGGGCCACUUUCUCAACAAACUUCAGCAGUUGUGACUUGGCCGUGCCCGGAUCACCGAGCAACAGUAUGUUGAUGUCACCGCGCCUCGUUAAUCCGUCGGGUGUGGCUGACUUUUAUUACAAACUUUUUGAAAAUAGAAGCGUGGUUGCUGCGGUGGUUGCUGUGGUAACAGAAUAAACAAAAUCGCUGCAUUGUUGUGACAGACAGGUAUUAGGGCAAAAAGUUAUUUUUAUUGAUUAAUUGCUAUUGUCCCAAUAACUAUAAUGUAAAUAUUGCAGUAAUAUUGAUACAUAAAGUAUUAACAAGUUAAUAAUAUGGCUGAUAAAGAAGAUGUUGAUACACGUCUUGAGUUUAUGAGCGAAUAUAUUCUCAAAUCAUUGAAAAUAAAAUUAGAUAAAUGGACGAAGUUUAUAACUGGAGACGAAAGGCACAUCCUGUUCAGAUAUUUCGAUUUCCCGAAGUACGAAAUUAUAGUGUUUCGCAUGAACACAGCAGGUUUGUUAACGUGCUCUACGACGUUCCCACCAAUAAGCAGGGGCAAGAUGAUAUAUUUCUUAAGAAAUUCACCUGAUAAAAUCACCCAGACUAACUUUCGUAAGGUAACAACGAUUGGUGAGAUGUCAGGAAAUGUGCUCAUGGACAUCAGCGUAAUGGCAGACGAGGUGAUCGGGCCCCUCUUAUGUAACCCGGAGAAUCAACGCGGAUGGCCAAAGAUAGUCCGUAACGACAUGAAGCGCCACGUUGACGAUUUGAGAAAUUUGAUGCAUCAGCUCAAAGGAGAGAUGUCAAGUCAGGUUAUGUUACCGAUGCCCGCUGGAGUGGAAAAUAUUUAUCACGCCGAAGCGAGGUUAAAAGAAAGUGAUGGAGAAGACGUAGAUUUAUACUUGAAAACAAAUAUAGAGGGUGCUGUGAUAAAAUGGGCACAGCAAGUGCAUGAUUUGCUCCAAGAAGAUUCUUACAUUGCUUUUAAAAAGACAAAGUUCCCAUUACCUAUUGCGGAUAUCGAGUUCUACGUAGCUCGAUUGAAGAAUUUGGAGGGAAUCUAUUCACAGUUGCGUGAUCCUAGAGUGAAGCGUAUGGCGCAUUACUUAGAGGACACGCGUAGUGUCUACCUCAGCUGUUUCAAGACUAUGCUGACUAAUAUUGUGGCUGCGAUUGUUGAAUGUCGAGAUAUCUACAUAUACCAGAGGCCACUUCAACAACACUUUGAGACAUUCGAAGGCACAGACUUUUCAGAUGCGAAGUUCCUUAUCAGACCAAUGUUUCAUUGCAUCGGCCUUCUUUGGGGCAACUCAAGAUACUAUUGCAAUGUCGAGAAGCUUAUACCAUUACUGCGAGAAGUGUGCAACUUAGUGAUUCAACAGUGUACAAAUUCUAUAGACCCAGCAUCUAUUUUUCAAGGCGACGCCGAUGAAAACUUGCUGAAACUCAGGAAAGCAACGUCUAUUUUAAAACAUUUUAUAGAGACAUACGAAAUGAACCGCGAUAAGGUCCAUACGUUCUUCCCUGGCGGUGUGAUGCCGGUGCGAUGGUCCUUCGACUUCGACAGAGUGUUCAUGCGGUUCAACAUUUACAUGAAACGGCUGGCCAUGAUCGAGAAUAUCCUAGAGGCCACUGUCGAAAUACUCAAACUGGAGAAGGUUGAGUUCUGCGGUCUGAGAGGCAAAACACUUAGUAGCGAAUGUAUGAAAGUUCUUGAAGAUUAUACUCUGAAAUAUCAACAUUUAGGAAAUAUUAAUUACGACCCAGCAGAUCCCGAAGAUAAUAGUUUCUUGCCUGAUUAUGAAAAACAUAUUAAAGUGUUGGAAGACAUUGAUCGUCGUUUGGCAUCACUGCUUUCACAGGGCUUGGAUGAAUGCCAUAACUUACAGCAUUUCUUUAAGUUCUUUCAAAUCAUUGGUGACUUAUUUCAUCGACCUAUAAUCAAGAAUGAGUUGAAGCCGAAACUAAUGAAGUUGUUAGAUUUAAUGCACGCUAAUUUGGAUGCGGUCAAAGAAAUUUAUGAUGAAGAAGUAGCGAAACUAACCAAGGGUCCAGAAAAACCCAUGGUAGAUCCUUAUCUCCCACCAAUUGCAGGCCUUAUUUGGUGGAUUUACAAGUUGCGACGACGCAUUCAAACUCCUAUGGAAGAGUUCAUCGUAUUUGAGGAUCCGAUAAUUGACACUGAAUAUGCAAUAUAUAUGAAACAAAAGCAUAAUGAAAUGUUGGGUUAUUUCAAUACACUUGAAGACCGUAACUUCAAACAAUGGUGUGCCACGGUACCCGGUAUAUGCAAGAUGCACUUAGCUAAAAACCUAAUCUAUAGAGAUCCACCCUUUGUGAGAAAUAAUUUCAGCCCCGAGCUGGUAAUGCUGCUCCGAGAAAUACGGUAUAUGAAAUAUCUUGAUAAACAAGGCAUACCACCAGAUGGUUUGGAACUUUAUGCACGAAAUGAAAAGCUCCAGUACGAUAUGAACCGUUUGAAUCGGGCCAUUGCGUGGUACAACGCGAUUCGGGAAGGGAGCCACGAAACCGAGGUGGCUUUGAUUGAAAAGGAGAUAUCUGCGAUUGACAGUCUUCUUGGUCGCGGUGUUGAAGAACUGACUUGGAAUGACGAUUUCACGGAAUGGAUGGCAGAAGUGUACACAGCGAUAAAUACAUUACAAGAACGUGUGUUAACGGCACAGAAUAAUGUGAAGCACGGAUUAGCCAACAUAGCGGCCUGGGGUAACAUACCUCUUCAUAACCGCAAGGAGAACCCUGAUAAAGUUGAACUGCUUGCCGUCAACGAACGUCAUCCACGCUUCCUACGACGCCGAAAUAAGAUUUUAGAGAGCCACGCUGAAUUUGUAGAUAUCCUAGCGCGAAAUUAUAAAUUAUUUUUUAAUAUCAGGGAUGAAGAGGAGGAAGAAGAAGAGGAAGAAAUGCUCGAAGAAGUCGAUGAGUCUACUCUUGAUGAGGAUGAGAAAGCUGCUCGAGCUGCUAAAUUGCAAGAGAUAUUGGAUCGGCAAGAAGAAAAACGAAUUGCAAGAGAAGAGCGUGAGAGAGAAAAAGCGGAAGCUGCACAAAUUAAGUUCGAAAGAAGAGAAGCAAGAAGACUCAAGAGGGAAGCUAAAGAAGCUGAGAGGCAGGAGCGUCAAGCUAGGAGAGAUGCUGGCGAAGAAGUAGAUUCUCCAGCAGAGGAUGAAGAAGAAAUAACGGAUCCUGAAGAGCUAGCAGAUAUAGAAGAAGAAAAGAGAGAGAUGGAAGAGGAAGCAUUCAGAGCAGAAAGAUGGCCUGCUUAUAUCAAAUACGUAGACUCUCUUGUCUCAAAGCAAGUAAUGAAAGCAAUACAAUCAAGCUUAGACUUAUUUGAAACAAAUACUGACUUAGAGAAAGGCCCGAGAAUUGCAUUCAUGACAGUAGUAGCUGAACUGAAAGACCCAGAUAUAUUUUUUUCACCAUCGUUGGACACGGAUGAAGAAAAGGGCUUAUACGAUACGCUCAAAGAAAUGAUGAAAGACAUGUUUUUACAAGCUACUCUUUUCCCUAGAAUCGACCCAAUCAUAGAAAUCACAUCUUACGAAGAUGACAUUGAAAAAGAAGAAACCAUGAUAGAUCUGUAUCAUGAAAUAUUAAAGAGAGUUGAAAAUAGUAUCAAUGAUGUUGUGCAAUAUGCUUCGAAAUAUGAAAAAUACACUCCGCUUUGGAUAGAAGACAGACAAGAAGUUUUAGCAGGGUUUUUAAAAUAUGGGCGAUUAAUUCCGCCAGAAGAGUUUGACAAAUACAGAUACGAGAACGGUUGUGACCCACCUGAGUGCAAGCCAAAGCUGAUGGAAUACCAACAAGAGAUCGAUAAAUACAACGCGCUGUAUGAUGAAGUGGCAGCGCUACCGGCGGAUUAUUUGUGUAAUGGAUGGUUGCGGCUCGAUCUCAAGCGACUGAAUCAAGCAAUUAUGAACAUAAUUUGCAAGUGGAGCAACCUCUAUAAAGAAAACUUAAAGGACCACGUUCAAACUAGCUUGGACGACUUAGAGAAGUUCAUAAUUUACGCCACGAAGGAACUUUCGGUGGAGCUAGCAGAUGACGAUUAUGAGGGAUUAUUGCAAGUAAUGCGCGUACUUAAUGAAGUGAAGGCUAAACAAGAUGCUGGCACCGAUCAAAUGUUUGAACCACUGCGGGACAUCAUUGAUGUUCUCAAGGAAUACGGCGUUGACUUCCCAGAAGAAACGUAUGAACAAUUGGAUAUGUUGCCCGAGAAGUGGAGAAACGUAGUGAAAUUGGCGACGGUGAUGAAGAAUACUGUUGCACCGCUACAGGCUGCACAAGCAGCUUUAAUCGCUAAGAGAGUAGCGCUCAUUAAUUUGAGGCUCACCAUGUACAGGGAUCAGUUCAAACUAAAGCAGAUGUUCUUAGAAUCAUGCAAGGAACCAUAUCGCAGUAUCGACAAAGUACACGUGGAGUUACUGCAUUUUGAGGAUUUAGUUGAGUCACUGAAAAAAUCCUGCAGUCUUUUCGAUAUACAGCCGCCUGAUGAAAAGAACCUUAAGCAAUGCCGACGGGAAUUAAAACUUAUAAAGCAACUAUGGGAUUACUAUUACCUGGUUAUGGGCACUAUUGAAUUUUGGAAGAAGUCUCCAUGGAAGAAAAUUGAUGCAGAUGGCAUGGAUCAGGAAUGUAAGAGAUUCAGUAAGGACCUGCGGCAGCUCGAUAAGGAUAUGAGGGUUUGGGAGCCAUAUAUUGUAAUUGAGAGUACGAUUAAAAACUUGAUGACUUCGCUCCGAGCUGUGACAGAUCUGCAAAACCCUGCAAUCAAGGACAGGCACUGGGUGGAGCUUAUGAUGGCAACUAAGGUUAAAUUCCAUAUCGAUGACGAUACGACACUGGCUGAUUUAUUAGCACUCAAUUUACAUAAGUAUGAAGAAGAAGUUAAGACUAUAGUUGAUAAGUCAGUCAAAGAAGCAGCGAUGGAGAAAACACUUAGGGAAUUAGAGGCAACAUGGGCUGUAAUGGAAUUCGAUUACAUGACGCAUGAUAGAACAGGAAUUAAACUACCAAAAGCCAGUGAGGAAUUGGUAGAAAUACUUGAAGACAACCAGAACCAAGUCCAGAACAUGAUGUCUUCCAAGUUCGUGGGUUAUUAUGAAGCAGAGGUAACAGAAUGGCAGAAGAAACUUGGCACUGCAGAUGCGGUAAUUGCCUUAUGGUUUGAAGUGCAACGUAAGUGGCAAUAUCUAGAAAGCAUAUUCGUGGGCUCUGACGAUAUCAGAGCACAAUUACCAGAAGACUCGAAAAGAUUCGAUAAUAUUGAUAAAUCAUUCAAGGAAUUACUUAAAGAUAUAGCUAGUACUCCUAAUGUAGUUCAAGCCACGAACAAGCCAGGUUUACUGGAUAAGCUCGAAGAACUGAUGGGAUCGCUGAAUCUCUGCGAAAAGGCCCUUAACGACUACUUGGAAACUAAACGUUUGGCUUAUCCUCGUUUCUACUUCGUUUCAUCUGCAGAUUUACUUGAUAUUUUGUCCAAUGGUAAUAACCCACCAGCUGUAUGUCGCCAUUUGACUAAAUUGUACGACAACUUAGCCAAGUUGGUAUUCCCGAAGCCGGGAAGCAAGCAAGCUUUUGAAAUGAUAUCCAAGGAAAACGAAGAGCACGUCCCUUUCAAGGCUCCCUGUUGUGACUGCUCUGGAAAGGUGGAAACAUGGCUUAACCGUGUAACAGACUGCAUGCGAUAUACUUUACGUGAUAUUUUCGAGCAUAGCGUAAAGUCAUAUGAAGAAAAGUCGAGAGACGAGUGGGUUUUCGACUGGCCUGCACAGCCAGCAUUGGUAGGCACACAGAUUUGGUGGACUACUGAAACAAAUCAAGCAUUUGAAAAGCUGGAAGAAGGUUAUGAAGGCGCUUUAAAAGAUUACCAAAAGAAGCAAAUUAUGCAGCUCAAUGCACUUAUAGUUCUACUUUUGGGUGAUCUAUCAGUUGGUGACAGGCAGAAAAUUAUGACCAUUUGUACUAUUGAUGUGCAUUCGCGAGAUGUGGUAGCGAAGCUUAUUACUUCUAAAGUCGAGAACUCUAACGCUUUCCAGUGGCAGAGCCAAUUGAGACAUCGCUGGGACAGUAAUUUAAAUAACUGCUUUGCUAAUAUUUGCGACGCGCAGUUUUUAUAUGAUUACGAGUAUUUAGGCAAUACACCACGACUUGUCAUCACACCAUUGACGGAUCGGUGUUACAUCACUCUCACCCAGAGUCUCCAUUUAAUUAUGGGAGGUGCUCCAGCUGGACCUGCCGGUACUGGAAAAACAGAGACUACCAAAGAUCUAGGAAGAGCACUUGGUAUUAUGGUUUACGUAUUCAAUUGUUCCGAGCAAAUGGACUACAAGUCCUGUGGAAAUAUUUACAAGGGUUUAUCUCAAACUGGUGCAUGGGGUUGCUUCGAUGAAUUCAACAGAAUCUCUGUCGAAGUGUUGUCCGUAGUGUCAGUGCAAGUGAAGAGUCUCUUGGACGCCAUCAAAGCCAAAAAGAAAAAGUUCGAUUUCAUGGGCGAGUACAUCACGCUUAUUCCAUCGGUGGGAAUGUUCAUUACUAUGAAUCCCGGAUACGCGGGUAGAACUGAACUACCAGAAAAUCUGAAAGCGCUCUUUAGACCAUGUGCUAUGGUAGUACCAGACUUCGAGCUGAUUUGUGAAAUCAUGUUAGUAGCAGAAGGCUUCCAAGAGGCACGGCUUUUAGCAAGAAAGUUUAUCACUCUUUACACGUUGUGCAAAGAGUUGCUCUCCAAGCAAGAUCACUAUGAUUGGGGACUUAGAGCCAUCAAGUCCGUAUUAGUGGUAGCUGGCUCACUCAAGCGUGGUGACCGUCAAAGACCUGAAGAUCAAGUGCUAAUGAGAGCUUUGAGAGAUUUUAACAUCCCUAAAAUAGUGACAGAUGAUACACCCGUAUUUAUGGGUCUUAUCUGUGACUUGUUUCCUGCACUCGACGUACCUCGAAAAAGGGAUCUCGAUUUCGAGAAAAUGUUAAUUGAGGGAGCUCUGUCCAUGAAAUUACAACCUGAGCCAGGGUUUAUUUUAAAGAUGGUACAAUUAGUAGAAUUAUUUGCUGUCCGGCAUUCCGUGUUCAUCGAUGGUUUUGCCGGAACUGGAAAGUCCAUGGUAUGGCAGUGUUUGAAUAAAACUUAUCAUAUGAUGAAAAUGAAACCAUACUACAACGACCUAGAUCCAAAGGCAGUGACCAAUGACGAACUAUUCGGUAUAAUUAACCCCGCUACGAGAGAGUGGAAAGAUGGCCUGUUUUCUACGAUAAUGAGAGAUAUGGCUAAUAUGCCUGGUGAUGGACCUAAAUGGAUAGUACUUGAUGGGGAUAUCGAUCCUAUGUGGAUCGAGAGUUUAAAUACAUUGAUGGAUGACAAUAAGGUGCUGACGUUGGCAAGCAAUGAACGGAUUGCAUUAACGAAAUCAAUGCGACUGUUGUUCGAGAUUUCUAAUUUGCGUACCGCCACACCAGCUACUGUCUCACGUGCCGGUAUUUUAUAUAUCAAUCCACAGGAUUUAGGAUGGAACCCAUUUGUAGCGUCAUGGAUUGACACUACUAGGGAUGACGAAUCAGAGAAAGCCAUGUUGACAGUAUUUUUCGACAAAUAUAUACCUUCGCUGUUGGAAUCGUGUAAAAAAUAUAAGAGAAUCACUCCAUUGACAGAGUUGCAGCAGAUACAACUUACAUGUUAUUUACUAGAAUGUUUCUUGAAUAAGACUCUGUUACCUAGUGAAUGCCCUAAGGAAUGGUACGAAAUUUACUUCGUUUUUUGUAUAGUCUGGGGCUUUGGCUCAGCACUUUUCCAAGACCAGCUUGUGGACUGGCGUAAUGAAUUUAGCAAAUGGUUCUGCAACGAGUUCAAGCAAAUUAAAUUUCCCUCGACCGGAAACGUGUUUAGCUUCUUCAUUGAUCCCGAAACAAAGAAGUUUUUACCCUGGUCAGAGAAAGUGGAAUCGUUUGAACUGGAUCCUGAUAUACCCCUGCAAUCGUGCCUAGUGUCAACUUCAGAGACAACCCGAAUUAGGUUCUUCAUGGAUUUACUGAUUGCUAAGCAAAAGCCGGUAAUGUUAGUUGGCAGCGCCGGUAGUGGGAAGACUGUCAGUGUCGCAGCCAAACUCAACUCGCUGCCAGAGUCUUAUGCUAUCACCAAUGUCCCGCUUAAUUUCUAUACCACAUCCGAAAUGAUACAAAAAGUUUUAGAAAAACCACUGGAAAAGAAAUCUGGUCGCAAUUUCGGUCCUCCGGGAAGCAAAUUUAUGAUUUACUUCGUUGACGAUAUGAACAUGCCAGAGGUAGACAAAUAUGGCACGGUGCAGCCACACACGCUUAUCAGACAGUUUAUGGAUUACAAACACUGGUAUGACAGACAGAAGUUGAGUUUGAAGGAAAUAUCAAAUUGUAUGUUUGUUUCGUGCAUGAAUCCUACUGCUGGAUCUUUCACAAUCGACUCCCGUUUACAAAGGCACUUCUGCACGUUUGCCGUUAGCUUCCCAGGCUUAGACGCUUGUUUCCACAUCUACAAGCAAAUAUUAUCCCAACAUUUGGCCAAUCCAUUAAACAAGUUCGGUAUUACUGUCCAAAAGUACGCCGAACACUUGGUUAACGCAGCCCUGGCACUCCACAAUAAGCUGUCUAGCGUUUUCUUACCGACUGCCAUUAAAUUUCAUUACAUAUUCAAUUUAAGGGACUUGUCAAAUAUUUUCCAGGGAAUCUUAUUUACUACUGGUGAUGCUAUUAAAGCACAGUCGGAAUUAAUACGAUUGUGGAUGCACGAAGCUACACGUGUUUAUUCCGAUAAACUCGUGGAUUCCAUUGAUAAUGAAAAUUUCAAUAAGCUUAUUGUAGAAGUAAUUAAGAAGAAUUGCGAGGAUUACGACGAGAACGUCGUUUUUGAGAAACCUCUUAUUUACUGUCAUUUUGCUGAGGGCAUCGGUGAUCCGAAAUACUUCCCUAUCAGAGACUGGCCUCAAAUCAAAAAGCUGCUCGAUGAAUCUUUGUCAGGCUACAACGAUUUGGUGGCUACGAUGAAUUUAGUUUUGUUCGAAGAUGCAAUGUACCACGUGUGCCGAAUAAAUCGCAUCUUGGAGGCACCUAGAGGAAAUGCUUUAUUAGUAGGCGUGGGAGGGUCUGGCAAGCAAUCUCUCUCACGUCUUUCUGCUUUCAUUUCUUCACUGGAAGUUUUCCAAAUACAGCUCAGAAAGGGGUACAGCAUGAAUGACCUCAAAGUGGACUUAGCUUUAUUAUAUAUGAAGGCAGGUCUAAAGAAUAUUGGCAACAUAUUCUUAAUGACUGAUGCACAAGUGGCCGACGAAAGAUUCCUAGUUCUUAUCAAUGAUCUCCUUGCGUCCGGUGAAAUACCCGAGUUAUUCGCUGAUGAUGAAAUUGAGAACAUAAUCAAUGGCGUCAGAGGAGAGACAAAAGCGUCUGGAGUACAAGACACACGUGAAAACUGCUGGAGAUUCUUCAUCAACCGCGUCCGCACUAUGUUGAAGGUGGUCUUAUGUUUCUCACCUGUGGGAGCAACUUUGCGCGUGCGGGCGCGUAAAUUUCCUUCGAUUGUGAAUUGCACAGCGAUAAACUGGUUCCACGAAUGGCCACAAGAGGCGCUGCGCUCCGUUUCUAAGAGAUUUAUCGCAGAAGUAGAGUCGUUACCGCCAACUUUAGUGGAACCGGUGGCAGUUUUCAUGUCCCACGUUCAUCAGAGCGUGAACCGCAUGUCAGCUGUGUAUUUCCAAAAUGAAAGGCGCUACAAUUAUACCACUCCUAAAACAUUCCUCGAACAAAUCACGUUAUACGGGAAGUUACUUAAUGAAAAAACAAAAAAUCUCAUUAUGAUGAUUGCGAGACUGGAAAAUGGCUUAGAGAAAUUAGCUUCCUGUGCAGCUGACGUAGCUGUAUUGAAGGUCACUUUAGCGGAACAAGAAAUUGAGUUAAAGAUAAAGAACAAAGCAGCUGAAGAGCUCAUUGAAGUAGUGGGAGCAGAGAGUGAAAAAGUAUCGAAAGAAAAGGCGUUUGCGGCUGAGGAGGAAAAGAAAGUGAAAGUUAUUGAAGAGGAUGUCACAAUCAAGGCUAAGAUCUGUGCAGAUGACUUAGCUAAAGCUGAGCCGGCCUUGAUAGCAGCGCAGGAGGCAUUGAACACGCUAAAUAAAAACAACCUAACGGAAUUGAAGUCUUUCGGCUCUCCACCAGACGCUGUUGUGAACGUUACAGCUGCUGUGCUCGUACUAUUCUCUAAGAAAGGAAAGAUUCCAAAAGAUAGAUCAUGGAAGGCUUGUAAGUUGAUGAUGGCUAAAGUCGACCAGUUUUUGAAUGACUUAGUAUACUACGAUAAAGAAAAUAUUCAUCCAGAUGUCGUUAAGGCGGUGCAACCUUAUAUCAAGAACCCAGAAUUUAAUGCAGAGUUCAUAAUGUCAAAGUCGGCUGCGGCAGCUGGACUUUGCGCGUGGGUGAUUAACAUAGUAAAGUUCUAUGAUGUGUAUGUGGUGGUCGAACCAAAAAGGCGUGCUCUGAAUGCUGCCAAUGCUGAAUUACAAGCCGCUAGAGACAAGCUUGCUUUCUUAACUGAUCAAAUAAAGGAACUAGAGGAAAAAUUGGAAGUACUGCUAAAGGCAUUCCAAGAAGCAGUUAACGAAAAAAUGAAAUGCCAAGCAGAAGCUGAUGCAACAAAUGCCACUAUCGACCUGGCUAAUAGACUCGUCAACGGAUUGGCAUCUGAAAAAAUUAGAUGGUCAGCGACGGUAGUAAAUUUGAAGGAAUCAGGAGUUAUGCUGCCAGGUGACGUGCUUCUCAUCACUGCCUUUAUAUCAUAUGUGGGCUGCUUCAUGCGUGGUUACCGCCAGCAACUUAUGAAUGAAGACUGGAUUCCUAUGCUGGCCAAAACUAACCCAAAAAUCGAAACAACUGAGGGCCUAGAUCCACUCUCGAUGUUGACGGAUGAUGCUCAGGUGGCAUUGUGGAACAACGAAGGAUUACCUACCGACACCAUGAGUACUGAAAAUGCUACCAUCCUUACCAACUCAGCACGCUGGCCACUAAUGAUAGAUCCGCAACUACAAGGUAUCAAAUGGAUCAAGUCUAGAUAUGGUGAUGCCCUUGUUACAAUUCGUUUGACACAACGCAAUUACCUGGAUCAUAUCGAGCGCGCUAUCAGUAACGGUGACGUGGUACUGCUGGAAAACAUUGGCGAGAGCGUUGAUGCGGUUCUUGAACCACUACUCGGUCGGGUUCUUAUUCGUAAAGGAAGGGUGCUUAAGAUCGGUGAUCGAGAAAUUGACUAUAACCCUCUCUUCCGUCUCAUAUUGCAAACCAAAUUGGCAAAUCCUCACUAUCAGCCAGAAAUGCAGGCUCAAUGUACGCUUAUCAACUUUACUGUCACCAGGGAUGGGUUAGAAGAACAGUUACUCGGAGAAGUAGUAAAAUCAGAAAGACCCGAUCUGGAGAGCUUGCGAGCAGGUUUGACCAAACAACAGAAUGACUUCAAAAUUACACUUAAAACCCUAGAGGACGAUCUAUUGAAAAGAUUGUCAUCUGCUGGACCCGACAUUCUCAGCGAUUCAGCAUUAGUAAUAAACUUGGAGACUACAAAGAAGACAGCGGCAGAUAUUGAAAUAAAAGUUGAAGAGGGCAAAAUAACUGCAGUGAAGAUUGAUGAGGCAAGAGAGAGAUACAGACGAGCAGCCACUCGUGCUUCUCUGUUGUACUUCAUCCUAAAUGAUAUAUAUCGAAUCAACCCGAUGUACCAGUUCUCUCUUAAGGCAUACAGUGUCGUUUUUAAAGAGGCGCUUGCUAAAGCAGAACCAGCUGAUGAAUUGGAAAGCAGAGUGCGAAACUUACUUGAUAGCAUCACGUUUGCUGUGUUUGUAUAUACAAGCCGGGGACUUUUCGAGCGAGACAAACUCGUAUUCUUGUUCCUCAUUACGAUACAGGUGCUGCAAGUUGAAGGCAAAGUAGAUCCACGUGAACUAGAUUUCUUGCUGAAGUACGCGGUUGCGCCCGAGUCGUCUCCAUACAGUUGGCUCACCAACAACUCUUGGGGUGGGGUCAUUGCGCUAUCGAAGAUGGACGCUUUCGAAAAUCUUGACAAGGAUAUUGAAGGCGCAACUAAGAGAUGGCAAAAAUAUACGGAUGGAGAAGCACCAGAAAGAGAUAAAUUACCUGGAGAAUGGAAGAAUAAAUCUCCUUUGCAACGUCUGUGUAUAAUGCGGGCUUUGCGCCCUGACCGUAUGUCAUAUGCGUCUAGCGCGUUCUGUGAAGAGAACCUUGGAACGAAAUAUGUAGAGGCUAGAACACCUCCGUUAGAGAAGUCUUUCUUGGAAAGUACAGCAACAACACCUAUGUUUUUCAUAUUAUCUCCGGGUGUAGACCCUCUGAAAGAUAUCGAGAAGCUAGGACGCAAGAUAGGUUUCGCAAGCGACAAGAAAAACUUCCAUAUAGUAUCUCUUGGUCAAGGGCAGGAAAUUGUAGCAGAAGAGGCAAUGACUAUCGCCUCUGCAAAUGGACACUGGGUCAUAUUACAGAACAUCCAUUUGGUCGCAAAGUGGCUUUCUGCUCUGGAAAAGAAAAUGGAAGAGACCUUUGAAAACCCUUUGCCAGAUUAUAGGUUGUUCUUAAGUGCUGAACCUGCAGCGAGUGCUGAAUACCAUAUUAUACCCCAAGGUAUACUUGAGUCAGCCAUCAAAAUCACCAAUGAGCCCCCCAUCGGCAUGUGGGCUAAUUUACAUAAGGCAUUAGAUAACUUCAGUCAGGAAACGAUGGAGAUGUGCAGCAAGGAAGCAGAGUUCAAGUCGGUAUUAUUUGCGCUGUGCUACUUCCACGCUGUAGUCGCUGAAAGACGUAAAUUCGGUCCUCAGGGUUGGAACAGGGUUUACCCGUUCAACUUCGGCGACCUGACCAUCUGCGUGUACGUAUUGUACAAUUAUCUGGAAGCAAAUCCACGCGUACCAUGGGAGGAUCUCCGCUAUUUGUUUGGUGAGAUCAUGUAUGGCGGACACAUCACCGACGACUGGGAUCGUCGCCUCUGUCGCACUUUCCUGCUCGAGUAUAUGCAACCUGAGCUGGUUGAUGGAGAGUGUCAAUUAGCCCCAGGUUUCAUAUCGCCACCAAAUUCUGAUUAUACUGGUUAUCAUGCAUACAUAGAUGACUACUUACCCGAUGAGACACCCUAUUUAUACGGACUGCAUCCCAACGCCGAGAUAGGAUACUUGACCACCGUCUCUGAACGGCUAUUCAAGGUGGUGUUUGAAAUGCAACCUCGGGAUAGUGGUGCACAAGCUGGUGGUGGUGCAACCAAAGAGGAAAUGCUGCGGAUCAUACUGGACGAUAUUUUAGACCGGGUACCGGAACCUUUCAACCUACAAGAACUAAUGGGUAAAGUUGAAGAACUGACCCCAUACACCAUCGUUGCUCUCCAGGAAUGCGAGCGAAUGAAUAGGCUGAUGGGAGAAAUUCGGAGGUCAUUGAAAGAACUAGAACUUGGGUUGAAGGGUGAGCUGACGAUUAGCAGUGAUAUGGAAGAUCUGAUGGAGGCACUCUUCAUGGAUCACGUGCCGGAGUCAUGGACCAAGCUCGCGUACCCCAGUCUGCUCGGGCUGGCUGCCUGGUUUUCAGAUCUCUGCAUGCGACUUACAGAACUUGAGAAUUGGUCCGGUGACUUCAACUUACCACCAGCAGUAUGGCUGGCAGGAUUCUUCAAUCCGCAAUCCUUCCUGACGGCCAUCAUGCAACAGACGGCGCGCAAGAACGAGUGGCCACUCGACAAGAUGUGCCUCAACUGCGACGUGACUAAGAAGAGCAGACAAGACUUCAAUGCACCGCCUCGAGAAGGCGCCAACAUCCAUGGGCUAUACAUGGAAGGUGCCCGAUGGGACACGACCGUUGGUGGCAUCGUCGAGUCCCGUAUGAUGGAGCUAUUCCCCAUGAUGCCUGUUAUUUAUAUCAAAGCCGUCACACAGGACAAGCAAGACACGCGCAACGUCUACGAAUGUCCCGUCUACAAGAUUCGUUUUCGAGGCCCUACAUACGUCUGGACCUUCAAUCUCAAAACUAAAGACAAGCCUACUCGCUGGACGCUGGCUGGAGUAGCACUUCUACUAGGAGUCUAAGCUUUAUGCGUUUUGCUUCAUGAGAUGAGGUACCUUACUGUGUACAAUAAUUUUAAUUUAAUAUGUUAUUUUAGUAGAGUAAUAAAACAUUAAUUUAAAAUUACUUUUAUUUUAUUAACUUUCAUCAUAUUAUAUCCCAUGUAUACAGCUGAGUAAUGCGAUUUUAUUCAGUGCUAACAACAAGAGACAGAAUAGUAAUAAAUAAUACUUAUAUAUAUAGGUAGUACUUGUGCAUACUUAGUAAUAUCUCAACAGGAAGACUGCACAAUUAAUUUCAUAUAAAAUAUUGAAGAAAAUAAUUUAGAUGUUUUUUUAAUAUCUUUUAAAUAUGUGAUUAUAAUAGUAUUUAGAAAAAUAAAUAUUCUUAUACCUUAUAUUCACUAACGGACGGCUUUUAUCAGUCUAAAUACAUAUUUAUAAAGUGCAUAAUACAUAAAUCCUUCCAUUAGAUGAUUAUAAUUUUAAUUAAAUCAUAGCACAACCUUGUUUGCUGUCGAUCUGGCAGUGAGUAUUAUAAUACGUCUUAAUACAGUUUUUUCCCAUUAUAUCUGAUCAACACUGCUCAACGCUUUCAUUCUUUAGUGACAAAACCUCUUACGUCUUUUAUAAAGACAAUUAAAGUGAUUGGUCUAUUUCUAUUAAAGUAAAAUUCUACGUAACGAACCAAACAACAAAGAUUUCAUUUUAUAUAUAUUUACGUAGUACUUCUCCAGCAAAUAUGUAAACUUGUUCAGCCACUUUUAACUGUUUUGUUAGUAAUUGGAGCAUUGGGAGAAGCAUUGUCAUUGUCAGAUGUAGGCUCAGAGCCCUUUACCGUAAAUGUGACAUAGUAUCUCUUAUUUUUGUCCAGUCGUUCGGCUGGUAAAGCAAUGAGUUGUUUUUCGGUGCCAUGAGACACUUCCAAAGUAACAUGCGCUUUGCUAGAGCCUGUAGGAGGCUUUGAGUUAAUUUUGGGCAGAAAACCUUUGGACUUCGCAGUCGAUCCUGCUGUUGCCGGUUUUGGCAUAGUAUGAUGAUCCCACUUGUAUGGUA